UAUUGUUGGGUUUUUCCUUUCGGCCGCAAUAGGGCUUUCCCGCGUGCUAGUGGGAGGGGGGCCCACAGAUCUCCAGACCAAGGAGGAUGAGCAGGGCUCACUGGAGGAUGACAUAUGGAGGACAGCCGCUCCUGCAGAGUUCCCUCGGGGGCUGCUGAUAACCCAGAGGAGGCUGCUGAUCAAGCUAGGAGUUUGCCUGCCUUCCCCUCCAAAAAUGUUCACAAGGAUGUUGAGAGAAUCACUUUUGCUUCCUCGCAGAUUUUAGACUUGAGUCACAGUGGCCUGCGCCAUUUGGGAGAAAUCUCUAAAACCCCCAACCUUCAACAAUUGCAUCUCCAAAGGAAUGCCCUCUCCAUGAUUCCUAAAGAUUUCUUCCAGUUACUGCCAAACCUGACUUGGCUAGACCUCCGGUAUAAUAAAAUUAAGACGCUUCCUUCUGGGAUUGGAUCUCAUAAGCACUUGAAAACUUUGCUUUUAGAAAGAAAUCCUAUCAAAACGUUACCUGUAGAGCUGGGAAAUGUAAUUACACUCAAAGCACUGAACUUAAGACAUUGCCCUCUGGAAUUCCCUCCUCAACUUAUUGUGCAGAAAGGAUUGGUAUCUAUCUUGACCUUCCUGCGGAUCUGUGCAAUAGAACACUUCUUCCCUAGAGAUUCAACUUUUCAAGCGUUUUCACCAGUUAAGAUGAACCCAAGUGAGUCUCCAAAUCCCGUGCUGGAUUUAUCUGAGGACUGCGUGUCUAAUGAAGAGACCGUUAAUGCUCAGGAAAAGGUAGACUUUUUCCCACCUGUUGAAAAACUGGACCUGAGUGAACUUGGAAAGUCCACUGAUUCUUUAGAGCACUGGCCGAGUGAGGAGGAAAUCAAACGCUUUUGGAAACUGAGACAGGAAAUUGUCGAGAACGAGAAAGCAAAAGUCCUCGAAAAUCAGCUCUUACCUGUUGAGCUACCGCCAAAUCUCAUGGCGGCAUUGAACAAUAAGGGGAAAGAACGUCCAAAGCCAAGACCCAGUUUCAGUCAGCUGGAAAGGAGACUCCUGACCCUGCCGAAGCAUUUCCCAGGAUGCCUGAACACCAAGGCACUUUCGAGUCUCCACACCCGACCGAGCUGCUGGCCAGGCCCUUCCUGUUGCUUUUCUGCUCCUGAGAGCCCGAUGCCUCUGUCCAGAAGGAAGGCACCCUCAUCCUUCAAGAACACCCUACCUGAUCUCUCAUCACCAUACGAGACAGUAAUUCGGGCCAAAAAACUUGAAGAGAGUCGAGUAGCAGCCCUCAGAGAACUCCGGGAGAAGCAGGCUCUGAUGGAGCAACGGAGAAGAGAUAAAAGAGUACUGCAGGAGUGGAGAGAGCAAGCCCAGAUGAUGAGGAAGAAAACGGAAGAGCUCAACAAACUCCAGCCUCGACCAAGGAACAUGGUGGCAUCAAAGAUUCCCUUUGCCACCGAUCUGAUAGAUAAUGGGAAAAUACCAAUGAAUUCGUCCGGAAAAUUGAAACAAAACAAAGAAAAAUCAUCACCAUCAAGUAAAGAAAUAAGUGCCUUCCGAGAGAGGAAUUUACAAGAGAAGAUAAAACAACACAUACAGCAAAUGCAUGGAAGAAAAAGGUUUGGAGGGACAGCACCACUGGAGGAAAUGAGGAAGGCUGUUCAGGAUUUGGAAAUUGCCAAAACAUUACAGGAUGAAGUAAUGAAACUAAAAUUGGGAAUGACCUUGAACAAAGAACAUUCAUUUACAACGGUCACUGGAAACCUUUCGCUUCACCCACCAACAUCACAGCCUCAAAAUAUAUUUUUUAACACAAAAUAUUAAGAAAAUGUUUACAAAUACUAAUGACAAGCAUUGACUGUACUGAUCGAAACAUCUUCAGACAUGAAAAACCCACUCAUCAUUGCUUUCUUUCUCAGGCGUCUUCUCUUGUAUGGUGAUGGGGGAGUAUUAGGAUUCAAUGUUAUUCUUAGGAUUUAUUUCACAAACUGCCUGUUGUUUUUAAAUAAAUCUGUAUUUCUUUUCUGAGGCUGUAGAAAGUUUAAGCUGCAUUAAAAGAAAGAGAAUACUGUAAGAAAGCCACACUGUUCUCAUUUCUAGCAACAUAUUUCUCCAAUUCAAUUGACUGGAUGUUUUAAAUAGCGC